AUGGAUGCGAGCGUGACGGCGUACUGUUUCUGGUCGGGCCUCGAUGUGAAUCGAAUGAGGGAAAGGAAAGAGAGGAUGUGUGUGCAUAUGGGACGAGGAAAGGAAGACAAAAGGACGAGAAGAUUGAUGAUGGUUGUCAGCACGAGGCGUCGGUCCUGGUGGCAGUCCGAGAACGGCGUGGAGAAGGUGAGCGUCCAGCUGGACCUGGAAGCGGAGUUCCACAUCACCCACCUGAUCAUCAAGUUCAAGACCUUCCGCCCCGCGGCCAUGCUCAUCGAGAGGUCCUUCGACUUCGGGAAGACGUGGCAGGUCUACAGGUACUUCGCGGACAACUGCGACGAGGUCUUCCCGGGGAUCUCCCACGGACCCCCGAGGAACAUGCUGGAGAUCGUCUGCGAGUCCCGCUAUUCCAACGUCGCGCCGUCGACCGAAGGAGAGGUGAUAUUCCGGGUGCUUCCGCCGCACAUCCACAUCGACGAUCCGUAUGCAGAGGAGGUGUUGAAUCUGCUGAAAGUCACCAACCUCAGAGUGAAUUUCACGAAGCUGCAUACUCUUGGGGAUGAUCUCCUGGAUCAAAGAGAUGAAAUUCUGGAGAAAUAUUAUUAUGCGAUCUACAAGAUGAUCGUGAGAGGGACGUGUUCGUGCUACGGGCAUGCAUCUAGGUGCAUUCCGUUUGACAGCAGCAUCAAGGAUGCUGCCCAGAUGGUCCACGGCCGCUGUGAAUGCACGCACAACACCAAGGGGCCGCACUGCAAGGAGUGUGAAGAUUUCUACAACGAUCUUCCGUGGAAACCUGCCAUAGGGAGACAGAGCAACGCCUGCAAACGAUGCAACUGCAACAACCACGCGACCAAGUGCCACUUCGACAAGAACGUGUACGAAUCGACGGGACGAGUGAGCGGCGGCGUCUGCGACGAAUGCCAGCACAACACGAUGGGCCGGAACUGCGAGCAGUGCAAGCCCUUCUACUACCAGGAUCCCGGGAGGGACAUCACGGAUCCCAGCGUCUGCCUCCCGUGCGAUUGCGACGCGAGGGGGUCGCUCGACGGGGCCAUCUGCGAUCCCAGGAACGACCCGCUGAACGGGUUCGUGGCUGGGCGCUGUCACUGCAAGCAGAACGUCGAGGGGAGGCAGUGCGAUCGGUGCAAGCGGAACUUCUACAAUUUCACCGAGGCGAAUCAUCUGGGCUGUCAGCCUUGCACGUGCAAUCCGAUCGGAACGACGGGGGCACAAGGCUGCAAUCCGUAUUCAGGUGAGUGCGAAUGCAAGCGAUUCGUGACGGGGAGGGACUGCAAUCAGUGUGCACCCCAGCACUGGGGACUGUCGCAGGAUGAUCCGAACGGGUGCAAGCCCUGCAACUGCGACCCCGGCGGUUCGUACGAUAACAAUUGUGACGUCAUCACCGGACAGUGUCGAUGCCGGCGGCACGUGACGGGGCAACGGUGCGAUCGCCCAGAGCAAGGGUACUUUGCCGGCGUUCUGGAUCAUCAUGUGUACGAGGCAGAAUUAGCUCGUGGAUCCGAGGAUUGCCAAGUGGUGAUCCGUGAGCCAUACCAUGAUGGGCGAGAGACCACCUGGACGGGCACCGGAUUCAUGAGGGUCUACGAAGGAUCCCACCUGGAGUUCGACAUUAACGACAUUCAGAACAGUCUGGACUACGACCUCGUCCUUCGAUACGAACCUCAGAUGGCAGGGGAUUGGGAUGAUGUCCAGAUCAAGGUCAUUCGGCCGGGUCCUGUGGAUCCCAACGGUUCGUGCGGUCGGAUCACGGCAGACGACGACCUCAAGAGACUCGCCCUCACCGAUGACGAGCGAUUCAAGAUUGCACGUUCCCCCUUGUGCCUCGAGGCGGGGAAGCCUUACACCAUCCGCAUCGACUUCAAGCAGUACGACCGGCAACAGCCCAUGCCCUCUGCUGCCAUCCUCAUCGAUUCAAUAGCACUGGUGCCUAAGAUCGAGAGCCUCCCGUUCUUCCAAGGCACUUCGGACAACGAGUACCGACGACAGGAGUUUGAACGCUAUCGAUGCGGUCAGGCUUAUUACACCGUCACGAAACCUCCUGUCCCUGAUAUCUGCAAGAAGUAUCUCUACAGUGUUGGCUUCUACACCCUGGCCCAAGGCGAAGAGUGUUCAUGUGACCCAACGGGCUCCUUGAGUGCACUUUGCAAUGAUCUCGGUGGACAAUGUCAAUGCAAGCCAAAUGUUGCUGGACGACGCUGUGAUCGUUGUGCUCCCGGGACGUACGGCUUUGGUCCGGAAGGAUGCUCUCCAUGUGAGUGCAAUGCGAUUGGUUCCCUGGACAACUUCUGUGACCCAAAAACCGGUCAAUGCCAAUGUCGGAUCAAUACCUACGGCCGCCAGUGUGAUCAGUGCCAAACGGGAUUCUGGAAUUUCCCCAACUGUCAACGUUGUGAAUGCCAUGGGCAUGCAGCCACCUGCGAUUCCAACACCGGUUAUUGCAUUAACUGCAAGGAUUACACCGUUGGACCUAACUGUGACAGGUGUAUUGAGGGAUGGUACGGAGAUCCUCGAUUCGGCGUGGACAUUCCAUGCCGUCCUUGUCCUUGUCCCGAAACCAAGGACUCUGGACACUCAUUUGCUGAUAAAUGUUACUUGGAUCCACGUUCUAAUGAUGUCAUCUGUGAAUGUGCUGUUGGAUAUGGCGGACCCCGAUGCGACGUGUGCGCGGACAACUACUUCGGCAACCCGGACGUCCCCGGAGGCAGUUGUCAAUCGUGUCAGUGUAACAACAACAUUGACCUCUCUCGACCUAGGAACUGUGAUGCACGGACAGGAGAAUGCCUGCAGUGCCUGUUCAGCACAGAAGGAUUCAAUUGUGAGAUGUGCAAAGCUGGCUACUAUGGAGAUGCUAUACAUCAACAGUGUGCAGAAUGUGUUUGUAACAUCUUGGGGACGGACACAUCCCGUGGGCCGUGCGAUCGUCGAUCCGGUCAAUGCCCGUGCUUCCCCAAUGUGAUUGGGCAGGAGUGUGACCGCUGUGCUGCUAAUCACUGGAAGAUUGCCUCAGGUCAAGGCUGUGAGCCAUGCAAUUGCGAUCCUUACGGUUCGAGGGAAGAGCAGUGCAAUGAGUAUGAUGGACAGUGCCGAUGCAAAGAAGGCUUUGGUGGGCGUCGAUGUGAUCAAUGUCUUGCCAACUACUGGGGAGAUCCUCGGCAGCAGAAGUGCUUCCCUUGCAACUGUGAUCCUCGUGGUUCAGCCACGAUGCAGUGCGAUCGCAGGACUGGGAAAUGUGAGUGUGUUGAUGGCAUUGGAGGAGAUAAGUGUGAUCGCUGUGCUCGGGGUUUCAUCGGAUCUGCUUUCAAUUGCCGACCGUGUGGUGAAUGCUUCGACAACUGGGACCGCAUCCUAAUGGAGCUCACAAAUAGGACAGAAGCAGUUGUGCAGGCUGCAAGUGAGAUUAAGCAAGCAGGAGCAACUGGUGCUUACACCAAGGAAUUUGAAGCCAUGGAAGAUACUUUAGAUGAAGUUGCUGAGAUUCUGGCAAAUGCCACCAUCUCCAAUGCUGACCUGGAGAAACUCAAAGUUCUCAUUGAUGACCUUAGAAAGAAUCUAACAGAAGCCAAGGUAGAGCUGGAUGAGGUGGAGCUGGAAGUUGAUGAUACAACACAGCGCAUAUAUAAGGCCACCCUAGAACUGUCAAAUCUCAGGAGCAAGGCAACCGAUCUGCAAAAACAAGCUCAGAAAUUGGAAAAUGAAGCGACCUUACUUCAAGAAGCCAAUGUGGAAGGAGCACUGAACAUUACUAGGGAUGCUCAGGCGCGAAGUCGAGCAUCUCAGAAGAAGGUGGAGGACACGAAGCAGCUCAUUCGCAACUCACAGGAUCGCAGACAAGCUACCAAGUAUAAGCUGAGUGCAGCAGGAACUCAGUUCAAUGUGAGUCAGCAACAGAAUCAACAAGCCUUAGAUGCCAUCAAUCGUCGGCUGGAGGAGAUCGAUGAUCAGAUUCCAACCCUCAACAGCCAGGUGUGUGGUAAAUAUGGGGAUCCUUGUGAUGAUCUAUGCGGAGGAGCAGGCUGUGGAAAAUGUGGUGGGCUGUCCUGUAAGGAGGGUUCCGUGAACAAGGCAGCCACAGCCCUCAGCCUUGCUCGGGAUGCUGAAGAUCUCCUCAAGAAGAAGCAGACUGAAGCUGAGAGUCAACUUCGAGUGGUGUCCCAGGCGAAGGUGAGUGCAGACCAAGCACAAGCCCUCUCGCAAAAUGCCUUCAACCUUGCCUCGGCUGCAUUCCGAGAGUCCAAUCGAACCAAGAAUGACAUGCAGGAGCUCAUUCGGGAGAUAGAGGCAUUCCUCGCGACUCCUGGUGCUAGCCCGGCUGAGAUUCGCACUCUUGCCGAUGAGGUGCUGUCAAUGUCAAUUAGCUUACGCCCUGAGCAAAUCAAAGAACUGGCCAUGAAGAUCAAUGAGACAGUGGCAUCACUGACAAACAUUGAUGCCAUCCUCCAAGCAACCGCCAGUGAUCUUGCUCUGGCAAAGGAUCUCAAGGCACGUGCAGAUAGAGCCAAGGCCCAAGCUGUCGAGGUCUUGACGAUUGCGCAGGAAGUCUUGAAGGCAUUGCAGGAGGCCGAACUAGCCCAGGGACAGGCAAGAACUGCAAUCAAUCAAGCAUCUGGUGAUGUCCAAUCUGCUCAGAAUUAUCUCACCCAGAUUUCCAGCGAAACAGCCACAGCCCAGCGUCUGGCCAAUGAGAGCCACUCUGAUGUUACCAAUAUGGAAAUGCAGCUUCGCUUGAUCGGCGAGAAGUUUGUGGUGAACGAGAGGGAGAUCGGGGAGGCGACGAACGCCGCCCAGGAAGCACAUCGUCUCGCCAAGGAAGCCGAGCGGGAUCUGGUCAGGCUGAAGGAUACCUAUCAAAAGGCAGAGAUGGAACUGGAGAAGAAGCUUACCGACACCGACGAGAUCCGCGAACGGGCCGAGAGGCUCCAGGAACGAGCGAGACUCGUCUUUGCAAAUGUCAUGGAUACGGUUGACCAGCUUGAUGUGAUGCAAGACAAGUAUCAGAAAACAGAGUUGGAACUUGGCAUAAUGGAGGGAGACCUCGAAGAACUGAACCGCCGUAUGAACGGUUACUUGAAGGUCAUCACGGAUCAGAGUGAGUUCUACCGCAAGUGCCAACCAUGCCGUCCAGGUCGGACGGAAUCUCGCGCGUUCUUCGAAGGUGGAUCGAUCCCCUUCUCUGCUGAGUUUCCCAAGCCGAGCCACCGCUUACUUCCUGCCAGACAUCAGCCGAAAGUAUCAGCCGUGCACUUCAUCAGAGCCAUCAGGCUCGCUCACCCCUCAAUUCCCCCUCCGACGAAUCCCCACCCGUCACCCAAUCGGAUCCCGAAGCAUUCGCCUCGAUCACUCGGACCAGCACUCGACGCCCCUCCCAUCCCCACGGGAGUGCUCGGACGACUAACGAGCGAUCAUCGAGCGAGGGACGCCCCGACGGCGGACGACAGGGUUGCCGAACGCGAACUCGGCUGA